UCGCAGUUAUCAUUGUUUGUCAGACUCUCGCGGAGUUACGACAACGUGGGAGGAGACGGGAUACAAAUCGAUGAUUCUUUUUGAAUCAAUGGUUCUAAUUGAAUGAAAAAUUGUAAAAAUUUUCAUUCACACGAUAACGAUGCAAAUUCGUAUUAUACCCAAGAGUAAGUAGUACCUGCUGUUUCAUGUUCUCGUCGCCUGGGUUUAGGUGACUGAUCAAUGAUAUUUUUAAUGACGUUCGAAAGCCAGGCGUGUUUUAGCUUCUGCACCAUGCGUGAACCCCUUUCUAAUCUCAUAACACGGAGGAGGGUAAAGGCGGUGCAAGAAUCAUAAGAUUUCAUCAGAGGAAAGAAGCCAAUUGGAGACCCCUUUGACUCACGGGAGGCUCGUCUCUGGUCUACCCCUUCUUUGUCGUACCGUGGCGAACGGUUCAUAUAGAUCUCGCCACGAAGAGUCAUUCAGAUCAAUCGGUGAACUAGUCUGGGAAUAGUUCUAUCGUAUUUUCCGAUGCUGAUUUCCUACCGGCUCGACGAUGAACGUGUUCUAGAAAAACCUGAGUGAAGAAAGCUUGGGAAGAGACCGUUUCGGAUUUACUCAGUGAUACGCGUGGUUCAUCUAAUUGCAAAGAGCUUAUCCACUGUUCGUAGUAAAAAAAAAAAUAGGAGAUCGUUGCCAGCUGACCGGAACGAUAGGUUGCGAUCCCCGGUGGUAAGACCAGCGGUGGUCUAACGUUUUGCCGGUUACUUUCUUAGAAUAACCAUCGGGGGCAUUGACAGUAGUCUUGUUUCCCGUGGAACGAUCAAUCAAACUGGGAGAAUCUCAGUCGCGAUUGAAGAGAGAGAGAAAACGAGAAGAGAAACGUCCGCGCGAGCAUUUAAUCGGUAGAAGUUGGAGGUAGAGGAACGAAUCGUCGUGUACGGCCGCAGUGAAGAUAAGAAGAAGUAACGUCGUGUGUAACGAGAGUAAAUCGGCUGAUAAACGGUACACAGACUAUUCGUUGGUUCAGUGUAAUAAGUAAGCGACAAAUCGUGUCACCACGUUCCACUGUUCCAGUGGUGUCAGUAACAGCGAUGGCGGUGGUCGCGGCCUAGACGAGGCUAUGAAUCCGGGGUUACUGCUCUCCCUCGGACCGUGGUUCGUGUUGGAACGAGAAGCUUUCAGGCUUCACGCGGAAGGCUGGGAACUGGUCUGCCGUGGACUCGUGGGGAUGUUAUGUAAUCGGGUUACCGGCGAUCCUCGGAGGAUCAGUGAGAACACCGUCUACCCGUGGUUCAGCGACGAGCUUAUGAGCCAUGAGGAGGAUACCCACUUGAGGACCGAAGACAGAGAGGAGGACGACGAGAAGGAGUACGAGGAUCGUCCAGGAAUGUCUUCGGUCUCGACCAACAAGCUCCAGAUUUUGUGGGACCGCUUCAUUCACGCCGAGCCGCAGAGCUACGAGAAAUCAUCCUGGUUGGACGUGUUCCUCGCAGAACUGCUCGUUCAAAUAAAAGAAGGCCGAGACGUAAAAGAUGCCCUAUCGUUUUGUUCCGUCGGAGGUGGAGGUGUGUCUACCCUUAUAGCUUGCGAAUUGCUCUCGGACGUUCACGAUCUCUGCGCGAGGAGGGUCAACGGGGAUGAACUCGUCGGACUGAGAAAGUACCUGACUCAAGAUCGAGGCUGGCGCUGCCUGGCCGUUCUCCAUCUGCUCGGCGUCCGUGGUCUAUCUUGUGGGCGAGAACUAGUGGCUCUGCUCAUCGCCUUGUACCCAGAGGCCCUUCAAGAGGAGACUAAGAACAAAGUCGACGUCGUCCAAACGAGCAAUACUCCUCCGAUUGCCAGCGCGCGCAAUCCCUAUGUGAAAUUCUACUCCAACGACGACACCGUCGACACGGUAGACAUCGUGCCACACGUGAAGCGAAGGCCGAGCAAAUCUGGUCGAAGCGGCGUUCUUCACGAGGGAAAUGCAUCGGCGAGAAAGAGAGCGAAUCGUAGACACACUAUCGGUGGCAAACUGCCGCCGGUCUAUCAUAAACAGAAACCGUUUGGGAUGCUCGAAGCGCGGCGCAACACGCCGGAGAGCGCGAGCAGCGAGUCCGAACUGCUGACAGACGGAAUAGAUCAGGCGCGAUCGUUGACUCUGAAGAUCCACCUGAACCCUAUGGAUUUCGAGUAUUUCACUUCCGUCGUUAGAAGCGGAGACGAGGAGCAGAAAUGGCAGGCCGCGUUGUACGAACUUCCCUCGAGGCCUGUGAAGAAGACCUCGAGGGAUUACAUAGACGAGAGAAUCAAGGACGCGUUGGACGCGAGAAUCAGCAACUUCGAGAUGAGUCUCUUGAUCAUUCAACUGCUCCAAGGUCUCAGGGAUUACGAUACUCCGGCUGAGCAAACGCCAGCCGUGCAGGUCUUAAAAUUCGCCUUGGACACGCUAUGGUCCUUGCAAUUCGGUAUCGAUGGAGCCAACAUGAGCGGGACGGAACGCGCCACGCUGAAAGCCGCGGCAGCGAGGCUGAUGCUCACGGCCCUCGAACGCGUAUUGAGGGCGAACGAGCCGACCACCGCUGUCAUUCACAACGGUUUAUUACCGAUGACUCUCAGAUUGCUGGAAGACGCUUGCGGCAAACCGGUGAACGUAUUCUCGCCGGAGGAGGGCUCUCUUCUUCAGGAAUUCAUCUUCGCUACUAUCUACGGGAUAGUGACUUUCCUUUACUGUCUCUUGCAGCAAGGCGCCAUGAUGGACAAAUUGUCCGACUUCUUGGAACUGUUUCAACUGUUCACGGAGAGCCAGGACGGGAAGCUCGUCGAGAGAACGAUUUUUGCGAUCGUCGAUCUGCCGAGCGUCGAUUCAGCCAAGUCGAUAAUCCGUGCUAGGAAGGUCAUCGAUAUGAUAGGAGCGCUGACCAGCUGCUUGAAAUCCGUUCGCCGUGAUAUUUCACACGCGGCCACUUGCAACCGGACGAAACACAAGUCCUGCGUCAAUAACGUUCAGAGCCAUCAUCAUUCGGACGUGCUCGGGAUGCCUUACGCUCAGCCGAUCGUCGGCAUCGUCGCGAAACAGACAUGCUGCAUUUCGUCCUUGUUCAUGACGCUCACCAAUCUUCUCAAGGAAAAGUUCUUCACCAGUGAAUUGCAAGUCAGAUUGAUCAAGGUCUCCACAGCAGCGGGCACCUGCUGCUGUUUUCCACCGAAGAUGCUCAUGGCCAGUGUCGCAACUCUAUUAAAAAGACACGACCCCGCGACUUAUGUUCCUAUCGUAGCUCUCUUGGAACGUGCUUUCUUCAAAGAACUCGGUGUUUACUCGGAAUCUGAAGUAUGCAACACGUGCGACAGAUCUGCGACGUAUUCUUGGGAGUUCCUUGAAAUGUACGCGGACUUGUUGACGCCGGACGACCCGAAACUAUGCUACGUUAUAAUGGCACAUCUUUUGAAAAUAGGACCCUGUUCCAAGUUCCACGUCAGACGGGAGUUACUACUGAAGGUGUUCUAUCCGACCUUCUUAAAAGCUAAGACGUAUUACGCGACUGACACGGGUAACACGACUGUGAAGUUUCUCAUCCAGUCAUGCCUCUCAGCCAUGUCCUGCUUGAUAGUGAACACUCAGAUAUGCGAAGCAUUCACCGAGAUCAGCGGGCUGGAAGAAGUGCUGACCUUACUGUUAGACACGACUUUCACCAGGAAUGUUUACGCACUGUUGGAGGUAACUGUUAUCAUCGAGAUCUGGAAGACGAGCUUCACAGGAUCUGACGAUACCGAGAAACCUGCACUGAACUCAUUAUUCAAUUCCCUCGAGAAAGAAACCACUGAGUUGUUAACUAUCUUCGCGAACACUUCCACGAAUGAGGAACAAGAUUCCGGAUUGCAUAUCGAUCUUGUCGAAGGAACGAGCGAUGCUCGGGAAGAGCAGAGCGAGUCGGAGAAAUCUGUCGAUACGACUUUUCGUUUACCAGAAGUACCCGACGAUUCCGAGAUCAGCAUAUCUGAAACCGACGUGGAUGCGAAUAAAAAAAUGGAUUUAUAUCAAGCUAGUGCUGCGUGGAGAGCCGCGGCCGGAGUCGCGCUCUGCAGCCCGAAAUUUCGAGCUGAACUAUGCGCCCACCCCAUAUCGCGGAAAUCUGUGCAGUUGUUUAAAACGUUAGCCAUACGCAUCGCCACGGAUCGAGUUACAGAUACCAAUAAAUCAGCGCACAGGCUCUUCGAGGCUCUGCUCACUUGCUGUUUGACAUCCCCGUUGUGUGACUGCGAUAUAAUCAUGGAAUUGGGGAGAGCAUUGAUGGACGCGGGGAUCAGACUGGGCCGCGGAUUGGCAAUCAUCGUGGAAGUUCUAUUGAAAGUAUCUAUGAUAAAACCGGCUCAGGAGGAAACUAUACCGCAGUACACUCGACCUAGGUUACCAACUAUGGCACUGGACGCGAUGCCAGAUUGCGCGGCUGACGACAGUAGCACAGGUGAAUACGUGACAGCUGAUGAUGGCUACGAGGCUGACGUGGAAGUGCGAAGUCCUAACAAUAACGCGGUGAAAAGGAGUAAUUCCUUGGGGCCGGUGGUCGAGCCCAGAGGCCAUGCGAACGCGCAUCCAGCAUUGUGUUCGCUAGCGGUUGACUUGUUAAUUCAUUUUAGUGAACAAGGUUUAGAUACGGAGAAGGGAGCUAUUAUUACAGCAGGUCUGAGGAGAGUCGCUGUCACGUGUAGGGAAAGUGCUUCGAGUUGCGCCGCCCUCGCUGGCUCCGGCGUAAUCACGAAGAUGUUGAACGGUUUCAGUGAUAUAUUUACCAACAGAGAUGUUCAAUAUCAAGACUUGCAACACGCUGUGCUGGAGGUGUUUACCUUGUUGGCAACGCAGUCUAUUUCUCCGUCCGAAUUGGUCACAUACUUGUCCUUAUUCAAAGUGAACGCUCCUCCACUUUUACCAUUGUUGGAGCCAUUGUUUCACCUGGUCCUGGCAGCACGCUCCCAGCCGAACUUCAUCGUCUCCUUUCCCGUCCCUUCAGACGUGAGAGCGUCGAUCCAGUCGGAGGAGCAUAAGAACUCGGAGAAGGCUAAGAGUCUUGUGAAUAAUUUCCGGAAACGGCAUCUUGCAUCGGGGAUAUGCAGUCCAUGGUCCGUUCACGCGACGUGUCUACCGAUUGGACCAGAGCUGGCUUGGCCGGUCUGGCUUCACGGAUGCUCCGUUUCCAUGUGGUUGAGAGUCGAGAGAGGCUUGCCUGUCAGUGGCAAAGGAACAAUGAUGAGCACGUCGCCGUUACUUGAUUCGGACAAUGAAAGCUUAUCGGACUGGGGAAUUCUAUCCGAUAACUGGAGUCGCGAAGACCAAUCGGUGUCUGAUCUUUUCUUGGGUACGUCAGUCGUAGCUGGUUCGACAUCUCCGCCUACGCCAGCGUCAAUUAUUCAUUUAAUGUCUAUUGGAUUUGAGUCGUUGGUGCUUGAAACGUGGCUGGAUCUUCGAUCAGAUAAAUUGAUUUUAAGAUUGACUAGGCCGGACGAUAAAACGAAUCGAACUAUCUCGGAGACGUCCGUGACUGGUAUGCUUCCUUCCGGUCGGUGGCAUCAUUUAGCAUUGAAUUUCAAAGAUACCGUUUUAAACAAGCGCAGUGCCGUGGUCGAGGUUGUGCUCUGGGUAGACGGUUGGAGGGAAAUCAACGCGCAAUUACCGUUCGAUGGCUUGUUAGUGAGAAAGCCUGGGACCACGUGCGUGUUACUGGGACAAGUGGGAUCCAGUGCAAGCGGUGCCUGGUACCUCGGCAAUUUAACUGUGUUCAGGUGUCCGGUAUUCACGAAAGAGAAGGCAUUGUAUCUGGCGAGUCUCGGACCUAAUUACACUAAUCUAGCGGAAUGUAUUUUAAACACGGAGAAGCCGGAUUUCGCGCCGCUGAUCGCGUCUGGAGCACUGGACGGCGUUCGAGAAAUUCGAUUCGAAGGAGGAAAAUUUGAUACGAGCCGGAGGAAGUCGUACGGCGGAACGUACUUGAGACACGCCGUGGAAACGAAAGUGUCCGAGGCGAAAAUCGAUUGGGAUUCAGUAAUGGAUGCUACGAAUUCGCAUCUAGGCGAACUGCAAGAUAAUCUGCUCCUUAAUUACGAGGCUCAAAAUCCUAACAUUGUUCACUUGUAUCCACAAGCUAUCGCGAAUCCUGCUGUGGUGAGAAAUCUGUUCCCGGGUCAACCAGGGUUCAGGGUUGUCUCUGCACCGGAAAAUAGAGUCUCGCAGCAACCGCCCUUGUCUGUGGCUCCGAUACUCUCCGCUCGGUUGGAAUGUCAACAAUACAGGGGCCUGGUACCCGCCGCCACCUUAGUCGGCGGUGUACCUAUAUUUUUAUACCUAUUCGCACGAGUAGUCGAACUGAACUCGACUGAAGAAGAACAAGCUGUAGCUCUCUCGAUUGUUCUGCAUUUGAUACGAAACGAUUCCGAGCUAUUGAAUCAGUAUCGUUCAGAGGGUGGAACGUCUUUACUGUUACGGAUUUUGGAAUCGCCACGGUGCCACGCGGGCAAACACAUUCUGAAAGCAAUGUUAGACGCGGCUUGCGACAGUUCGAUCCUAUUGAAAGAUAUCAGCACCGGCAAUCAUUCAAUCUCGCAAAAUUGCGAGGCUGUUAUCACGGAUCCCGAAUUGAUCAAAGGCGCGCUGACCGCAUGGAGAACGUGGGCGAAACAUGAAACGUUGAAUCUACUGUUGCAAGCGUUGCUGUUAUUGUUAAGGGAUCAGCACUCGCAACGCGAGUUCAACGCGUCUCAAUUGAACAGAGUCGGAAUCGUCGAUAUGGUUUUAACAUUAUGCAAGGAGCAUUUCAUGUACGAAGAAUUGGGCGCCGUGCUCGAUUCGGCAACGGGAACUGCGGUAGUCGAAUUGAUACGUGCGCUCAUGGGAGCACCCCCGGAAUUCGCUCACCUAGUCGCCAUUACCGAUUACUUGGUUCUGGUUCAUCAAGCAUCCGAGACUUACAUCACACACUCGAGACACAAUAUAUAUCUCCUGUUACCUCCUAUCGGAGAGAAGAGGGUUGUAAGGGUCAGCCCCACGGUAACUUCCAGUUCCUCGGACGAGUUCAUUGGAAUGUUUGAAAAUAGUAAAAUGAAUAAGAGUCUAACGAACGCGCAGAUUCAAAAGAAUAGGAUUCCUAAGAGAAAAGAACGUCGGAACGGACCUCCGCAAGAUACCAGUGCUGGAGAAGAUUCGGGAAUCGCGGCUAGUGAUGGAUCGAACCCUUUGUCAAACGAAAGGCAAUCUACAUGGACGGACGAACGAAGAGCCUGCCAGGGUUUAGUUUGCGAGGGUUUAUUGUUACUGAUUCGAGACGCGGUUAGAGUUCUGCCCGACAGCCAAGUUGGUUCGGUACUCAAACACGUCUUGCGAGCUGAGCUUCUGCUCGUAUUAGCCAAUAAUCCCGAUACCAGAGUCCGAACGGCAUUAAUUAAAGUCGUUCAGACGUAUCUACAACGCGCCAGCGACGAAGAAGUGAACAAGUUUAUAAAACAGAAAUAUUUCAUGCACUUGGGGAAUCAAAUAGCAUUGUAUCCCGGUAGCGAACAACUGGUGAUUGCUCUAGAAAAUUUAGCUUUACGGGGACCGACUCUAGCCGCGAUGCCUCCGCUGAUGGCUAUGAUCGCGAAAACGGCGGUCACCGAACCCAACGUGGUCAGGCCAAUUGUAUCGUUCAUUACCGACAUAGUUGCAAAGGUAACUAUCACGACCCAGAUUUCCAUCGAAUUAACUAACGAGACUUUGUUUCAGAAUCCCAGUGCUCUAAGAAUGCUUUUAGAACAAGGUUUGGUAGAGUCAUUGGCGCAAGCGCUCGUGGGUGGUGCCCAUAAGGGCGGCUCCACGUCCCUUUUCCGAGACAUUCACGUGCUUCUCGUAGCGAUUGUCGCGAAACUAUUGGAAUCUCCGGGAAGUCAUCAAAUGCAAGUGAUUCUAGAUGUGCAUGUGACAUUGAAUCACGUGGAAUUGAGAGAGAGAUCUCACUGCGUCAAGAACAGGACUUGUAUAACGGUCGUGAGAGACGCGCAAGUGGCACUUUUCGACGGAGAACUCGAUGUACUCACGGCGAAAGUGUCAAAUCAGUCAGGUUUCCGACUACGUAGCACGGCAUCGUAUUUGGCCUCUGCCUCUCACAUAACUUCGAUCUUCACGACGUCGAGCGAUCAGAGUGAUCACGGAUCGCCGUCGUCGAGUUACGCGAGUUUGCACACGCCUUCCGUGGGAACGUUACGCGAGCCAGGGAAAGGAGAGUUGCUCGAUCGCUUCCGCGUUAUACUGACGCGCGCCGUGGAAUUUAUAACAGCGGCCGAUGAAUCACCCUCGGGCAACGAAUUACAAUUGACUAGGAGAUUGUUCUCGAUUCUUCUGCACGGUCUUUGCAAUCCACUGGAAAAGAGGAAUCACUGGAGCAGCGGAUGGUCGACCAGACACGCUUUAAGGAAAUAUGCGGCGAAGAUAAUGGUGUGGUUACUCGGCCCGCACCAGAGCAACAACACGAGGAUAUUUGCGGUCAGAUCGUUGAUGGAAGAGCCGAAAGCUCGUGAAAUCCUGUCCUCCCUGUUGGAAGUUCAUCCGCAGAUCGAACAGAAGUUCACCGUGUUCUUUUGGGAUCUACUGCAGAGGCGAGAUGAGAUGCCUUGCGCCGACGCGAGGAUAUGCGCGGAAUUGAAAGAGGCCCUGAGCAUCUGGGAUCUAGCGAAGGGGAUAGAACAAGCUAGUCCUGGAGUAUGGAACGAGGAAUUGGUACUGUUGAGGCGAGAACUGAUGAGGGAUCGGGACAUAUGGAUCGAUAAUAAUCUCCCGGCGAUUCAAAGGAUCGCCAGCAGAUUCGACGUGCUUGCCAAACAAUUGACGGAGAGCGCGAUGACUAUAACGCGUACGGUCGUAGAAGAACAAAAUCGAGAACGUAAAGUAUUAAUGGAAAGACUGAAAUACUCGAGAGCGAUGGAAGCUCAAGCGAUCGCAAAAUGGAGAGACUUGGCGAAGCGCCUGACGCACGAAAGGGCACCCUGGCAUUUCCCGGACAGUUAUCCGAGAAGCUGGGAACUGGACCCGACCGAAGGCCCCGCCAGAGUCAGGAUACGUCUGCAGCGGUGCCACUUGAACAUCGACAAGAGAUUCUUCAUGGCCGAGCAUCAAGACAAACUGGAGGCAGUGAAAGUCGAUGCUCCUUUAUCUUAUUUAUUCAAGACUGAUCGACAAGAUGCAAACGCUACGGCUUUGAUCGAACGAUUGCAUACUAGCGAGAGGAUACGCAAAAUGUCUCAAGCCAAGGUAGUCACACCCAGAGCUGAGCUGGCGGGUGAGGUUCUCAUCGGUGAGACUUGCCUGUACUUCGUUCCUGACAAACCCGAUGCACAGCUGCAAACGGACAUAGCUUUGGGUGGCUUGGACUUGGCCAUGGUCGGUGGAACGGCGUGGCGACUCGACGAUAUUCGAGAGAUACACAGGAGGAGAUAUCAGUUGCAAGAGAGGGCCAUCGAAAUAUUUCUAAUCACUGGAAGGACUUAUUUAUUGGCAUUCAAUUCUUCGAAGGAGAGAGACGAGUUCGUGACGGAGUUGUCCGCUUGCAAUUUACCGAGACGAGUGCCUGGGGACGAUUUAAGCGAAGCUAUCUCACUGUGGCGGAGCGGAGCGUUAACAAAUUGGGAAUACAUCACGUGUUUAAACAAACUAGCUGGACGUUCGUACAACGAUUUAAUGCAAUACCCCGUGUUCCCGUUCGUGCUGGCAAAUUAUACGAGUGAAAAGAUCGAUUUGAACGAUUCGAAGAUCUAUCGGAAUUUCAAACGUCCCAUGGCUGUGCAGGACAAGAAGAACGAGCAACAUUAUAUAAACAAUUACAAUUAUCUGAAGCAAGCUCUGUCGGAAGGACUGAACCUGAUCGCGUUAAAUCAAGAACCGUUCCAUUACGGAUCGCAUUAUAGUAAUUCCGGCACAGUGCUCCAUUUCUUGGUACGAUUGCCACCGUUCACCAGCAUGUUCCUCUGUUAUCAAGACGAUAAUUUCGACAUUCCCGAUCGAACGUUUCACGCUCUGGCCACUACAUGGCGAUUAACAAGCUGCGACUCGACGACAGACGUGAAAGAAUUGAUCCCUGAGUUUUUCUAUCUACCCGAGUUCUUACUGAAUUCCGAAGGGUUCAAUUUCGGAGUUCGGCAGAACGGCAAUCGAGUAGGGGACGUAGAGCUGCCGAAAUGGUGCGGGGGCGAUGCGCGACUCUUCAUUCUAGCUCACAGGGCAGCGUUAGAGGCAGAUCUCGUCAGGGAGGUUCUACCCUAUUGGAUCGAUCUGGUCUUCGGAUUCAGACAAACGGGCAGACCGGCAGUGGAAGCUAUAAACGUUUUCCAUCCGGCGACUUAUUACGGCUUCAACGUUGACCAGAUAGCCGAUCCCUUGGAACGUCAAGCUUGGGAAACUAUGGUACGAACUUACGGACAAACGCCGGCUCAACUGUUCAGAGUCGCGCACCCGAUGCAAAAUAUCGGGAGCACAGUCCAACAUAGUUUGCUGCCUCAAGUUAUCGAAGGUGUAGACGGUAUAAAAUGGGGAAACUACGUCGGUGCACCGGGGAACGAACCGGUUCUGUGUUGGAAGCAUAAGCACAGAGCGCCGCUAGCGUCCUUAGUUCCUUUAAUGACCGGAGACGUUUUCGGAUUACCUAGUUAUACUACUUUAUUACUCGGAUACACGAAAGAGAAAGGUGCGAGUAUGUUGAGCACGGCGUCUGUUUUGGGAGCCGCUUUGGUAUCAUGGAGCGGCACGGAUGGGAUCGCGAGAUUGAAAUGCAAAAAGGAACAGCCACCUAGACCGUUAAUUAAGUCGUCGGGUCUCGAUCCAAUCACUAUCUUGGGCUCAGCACCAGAUUGCGGGCAGCUGUGGAUAGGCCACUUAUCUGGUAGAAUAACAGUGCACACGUAUACGGUCGUGGCAAGCAAGAUAGAGUUCGGUUCAACACCAGCAUCUGUGCUGUUGGCUCACAGGAGUAGAGUAACGACGAUAUCUCUCUCGCGAACGUUCAGUAUAGCCGUUACCGGCGAUACCGAUGGCGUUAUCGUUAUCUGGGAUUUGAAUAGUUUAACGUACGUGAGAUCGAUAAUCUGCGAUGAGAAUCAUCCUGUUCGUUUAUUAUCGAUCAGCGAGACUCUAGGGGACAUAGCGGUUACCUAUGAUACUUCUAAGCCGAAUGAAGACGCGUCUUCCAGUCAUUCACAGUUAAAAGUAUUUACUAUAAAUGCGAGACCGGUCGGAUCAGUUUUAUCGAGGAGGCGAAUAACGGCCCUGUGCUACAGCAAUGCGCCAGAAGGGGCUUCCGUGAAUGUGAUCGCGACCGGAUUAGACAAUGGGGUAAUAAGACUGUGGAGUAGCUGGGACUUGAGAUUAGUUCGAGAAAUAGUUAACAGCGUUAAAGAGUGUGGGGCAGUAAUUGCGAUGGCGUGGGCGAUGGAUCAACAUCAUUUCUAUGCCGUAUCCGAGGACUUUACGGUUCUCAUAUGGGAGGGGUCGAAACGUUUGAGCAACGGCACACCGAAAUUCGUUAACUUGACGUCGCUCUAAUGUAAAUAGGAAUUUUCGACACCGUGUUACUUUGAACAUUGUUAAACGUGUUUUCUGGAUACGCAUGUUAUAAAAAGUAAAAAAAAAAACGAAUAUUUUAUACGAAUAUGACACUAUCGUCUCAAUCGCAAUAAUUUUAUAUAAUCAUGCUCUUAAUACUCUUAAAUUAGUAACUUUCUUAAUUAUUAGGACUAGGGAUCGAUAAGGAAUCUUCAUUACAAUAAUAAUUAUUUCAUUAAAAUAAUAACUGCAUUAACACGUCUCUCGUAACAUACGUGCGCAUAUUUUUAUACUCAGCUGGAGUAAACUACCGUUACACAUGUAUUUAUAUAAAUAGAAUAUUGACGAUACGAUCUUUAUCAACCUUUAUAUGUUUCGAACGUUCUAAUGUGUGUAUCAUAAACUCGUCCGAUAAAUAUAGUAAACCCGAAGAAUGACUUACCUUAAA